CCCGCGCCGCACCCACUUCCUCUUUCCCUUCCGCGCGCGCCAGCCAACCGCUCGCCAAAAAAAAAUUCCAGCCACUUCUGACACAGGAAGCCGGGAGGCCGCGCCCGAGCGACCAGAGGUGCAUCUCAGCCGCGCCCCGGGGACGUAAGUGGGCCGCGGGGUCCCGCCUGGGCCUGGGCCUGGGCCUCAGCCCCGCCCGGCCGGGUCCUCCAGCCGGCUCGGCCCGCUCCUCCCUCCCCGCCCGGCCGGGUCCUCCUCGGGCGCGGUGGCGGCCCGGUCCACCGCCGCGAGCCCGCCAUGGAGGUGGAGGAGGCGUUCCAGGCGGUGGGCGAGAUGGGCCUCUACCAGAUGUACUUGUGCUUCCUGCUGGCCGUGCUGCUGCAGCUUUAUGUGGCCACGGAAGCCAUCCUCAUUGCACUAAUUGGAGCCACACCAUCGUAUCACUGGGACAUGGCCGAGCUCCUGCCCAACCAGAGCCACAGCAAUCAGUCAGAUGGCCAAGACCAGGCCUUUGGUGACUGGCUUCUGACCGCCAAUGGCAGUGAGAUCCAUAAGCACGUGCAUUUCAGCAGCAGCUUUACCUCUAUCGCCUCUGAGUGGUUUUUAAUUGCCAACCGAUCUUACAAGGUCAGCGUGGCCAGCUCCUUUUUCUUCAGUGGUGUCUUUGUUGGCGUCAUCUCCUUUGGUCAGCUUUCAGAUCGCUUCGGAAGGAAAAAGGUCUAUCUCACAGGUUUUGCUCUUGACAUCUUAUUUGCUAUCGCAAAUGGAUUUUCCCCCUCAUAUGAAUUCUUCGCAGUGACUCGCUUCCUGGUGGGCAUGAUGAAUGGAGGAAUGUCCCUGGUGGCCUUUGUCUUGCUAAAUGAAUGCGUGGGCACCGCCUACUGGGCACUUGCAGGAUCCAUCGGCGGUCUCUUCUUUGCUGUCGGCAUCGCGCAGUAUGCCCUGUUAGGAUACUUCAUCCGCUCCUGGAGGACCCUAGCUGUCCUGGUCAACCUUCAGGGAACAGCGGUCUUCCUCUUAUCUUUAUUCAUUCCUGAAUCCCCUCGUUGGUUAUACUCCCAGGGUCGGCUGAGUGAGGCAGAAGAGGCUCUCUACUUCAUCGCCAAGAGGAACCGCAAGCUCAAGUGCACGUUCUCACUAACACAUCCGGCCAACAGGAGCUGCAAGGAAACCGGAAGCUUCCUAGAUCUCUUCCGUUACCGGGUCCUCCUAGGACAUACUCUGAUCCUGAUGUUCAUCUGGUUUGUGUGCAGCUUGGUGUACUACGGCCUCACCCUGAGUGCGGGGGACCUAGGGGGCAGUAUUUAUGCCAACCUGGCUUUAUCCGGCCUCAUAGAGAUUCCGUCCUACCCUCUCUGCAUCUACCUGAUUAACCAAAGAUGGUUUGGUCGGAAGCGGACACUAGCAGCAUUUCUGUGCCUUGGAGGACUGGCCUGUCUUAUUGUGAUGUUUCUUCCAGAAAAAAAAGACACAGGUGUGUUUGCGGUGGUCAACAGCCGCUCCUUGUCCUUGCUGGGGAAGCUGACGAUCAGCGCUGCCUUCAACAUUGUUUACAUCUACACCUCUGAGCUGUACCCCACUGUCAUCAGGAACGUUGGCCUUGGAGCGUGCUCCAUGUUCUCCCGAGUGGGCGGGAUCCUUGCCCCCUUCAUACCCUCACUGAAGGACCUGCAGUGGUCCCUGCCCUUCAUCGUGUUUGGAACUACCGGCCUGACCUCAGGCAUCCUCAGCCUGCUAUUGCCAGAGACUCUGAACAGCCCCCUGCUGGAGACAUUUUCUGACCUUCAGAUGUACUCGUACCGGAGGUUAGGGGAGGAAGCCUUGUCUCUACAGACCCUGGAUCCUCCACAGGCCUGUCGUGACAUCGUUUUACUACCUCGACAAGAUCUCCUUUGCCAUUUCAGCCCCUGGACAAGGCCAGCACCCUGGGGAGCGAGAGUGAGGAGGAGGAGGAGGAGUUCUAUGAUGCAGAUGAGGAGACACAGAUGAUCAAGUGACGGAGCCCACAUUCCUCCAGAAGCAAAGCAUCCUCAUCCUGUGUGCCUCGGGUUCAGCCUAACCGCCAGUGACGUCCUCCGCCCACUGACAUUUCCAGACUCAGGACGAGGUUGGAGGAGGUUCCUAAAGGGAGAACCUUGGCACAUUGAGAGAAUCAUUGCUAAUUUGUCCAGAGUUGGGGCUGAGCUCAGCACCAUGCCUCUGGCCACACAGCUCAGGUCCACCAUCCACGUGGCUGACUUGUGUGUCUCAUGCUGCUUCCCUUCUCUGGGACCCAAGAGCAGGUGUGUGAAACUGCUCACAGUUUACUAGGAUUAGCCAGAGCUUCCCCCAAGAUCUCACCUUCCUAGUCCAUUUGACAUCCGCCCCUGUCACUUGCUGCUCCCCAUCAGGAAUCUUCUGGUACAAGGUGAUGUGUCCAGAGCCCCCAGCUUUCCCUCAGCUGGCGAAAUGAGUCUUCAGCUGGUUCCCACCCAUUGAUUGACAGUGCAGCUUGGGCCUUUAGUCUGCGAUGGUUCACUAGGAGAAGCCAGAGUCAACAGGGCAGUUUGUGGGUGACAGAGGACUGGCUGUGGCUUGGUAGCUCCCUUGACACUUGGGUUGUGCAAUGUUUCCAGUUAAACCCUUGGGAGAUUUUUCUCUGUGAGAUUCUAGCGUCAGCAAUAACUUCAAAAUCAUGCACAGUCACUAAUGAAACUCUCCAAGCUGGGGGAAGUCAGCAAGGGAUGUGCUGGCACUUUUCAAAUGGGACUUAAAUUCAGAGUGACGAUUUUCCCUCACAGUGUUUGCGGUCUUCAGUGUGCAGUGAGGGAUUUGGACGGCACAGCAGGGCUUGAACCCUGCCCUAUAUGAACCAUUACUUGUUUACUCAGAUGGUGGGAUGAUUUUUAAAGAAGAUGUUGAGUUUUCAUUAAGUGCUUCCAUUGCUUUCCAAAUAAAUCAAAAUCACACUUCAUACCUGUUUCUCACAAAACACGAAUACUCUCAAAGAGGCAUAUAAGCCAAGAGUUCAUGUGUGGGCGAUUGAUCACUUUCCCGGCCAGGGAAAUUGCUGUGUGUUUAGAAUGUCUGUUUAUGCUCCUCAUCUCUUGGGAACAGAGAGCACACAAAUAUGAAGGAAAGGUACACUGUGGAUGCUUCUGGAAAUCAUGGGUACCUGCAUCCUGUCGCCUCCUCCAUGUUGUCUUGGCUUACACUAACAUUAUACCCACCUGUUCCUUUGUUAAAACACCGUUUUCCUUGAUGCCCUUGAUGAUGGGGGAGCCAUUUCUACCACUGGAGAGAACAUUGGCUGUGAUGCAGUGAAGACCUUAUAGGUGGUCCUGUGUCUAGCUGUCAGGAAGGUUAUGGAACUCCCUGCAGCAUCAUACCCUCAAAUCUGAGCAAAGUGUGCCCCACACCCCCAAACUGUGGAGUCCUGCGUCUCUCUUCCCCGGGAAAUGGAGGUCAGCUCUCCUUAGCAGAGGAAGAGAAGGCUUCCAGAAGCACUUGGGUCUUGUCAAAUAGAGUGUUUAAAAUAAAGCAGCAAAUUAAUAUAUGUGUAA